AGCUAUUGGUAUAAUGAUCGUGGUUGCUAUUGUCAACCCAUACCUCAUAAUACCCGGUAUAUUUCUAUUUGCACUAACAAUAAUCAUCAGGGGUAUUUACAUCAAGAGUGCCCGGGACAUAAAGCGUUUGGAGGGCUUAACCCGUAGUCCAGUCUAUUCACACGUCAGCACUACCCUUAACGGGUUGGCCAGUAUCAGGGCAUACGGGGCUCAGCAGGCUUUCCGGGAUCAGUAUUACACCUACCAGAAUGACCAUAGUGCCACGUGGUUUGUAUUUUUGGGAGCAUCCAGGACACUGGGACUAUUAGCUGAUUGGUUAUGUGUGGCAUACCUGGCCGCUAUUGCUGCCGUACUCAUGGCCUAUCAACAUGGUAUAACUAGUGGUAGCGCAGGUUUGGCAUUUGCAUCAGCCCUUAUGCUCACCGGUCAGACCCAGUUUGGUGUCCGACAGUCGGCAGAACUGGAGUCCCAAAUGACAUCAGUCGAG